CACGGUCAGAUCACCAACCGUCGACCCCACCGGGCCCAACGCCAGAAUCAAGCAAUACAGUCCACCCCCCUGCUCGGAUUGCUAGCGCAGUGUGGCUUUCGGGGCUGGCACGUCCCCCUUUUGGUUUUUGACAAGAGACUCGCUAUACCGCGCUAGCAAUCCGAAAAGGGGGGGCGGGAGGACUCUAUUUAACCCGACACGGAGCACAUUGUAGGCCAGUCUAUUUUCCUAAUCGAACUUCUCGUAUGCGCUCAAACAUGCCUCUACCGUCAUCGUUCCCGCUCAAGAACACUCCCCUCCGAAUACUUUCCCGCGGACUGGGUACCUUUCAGGUCGAUCCGAAGCAGUAUCCCGAUGGCUCGGUGAAGGCAUCAGUUCUGCACGCCUUGAAAAUCGGCUAUCGACACCUAGAUGCAGCACUAGCUUAUGGAUGGGGCUCGGUGGAAAGAGAUAUCGGCGAGGCCAUUCGCGAAAGUAACAUUCCAAGAGAGGAGCUCUUUGUGGUCACGAAGCUGCACAACUGCUUCCACGCUCUAGAGGACGUCCCCGUGGGGAUGCACAUGAGCCUCCAGAAUCUCGGCCUUGAUUAUGUGGAUCUGUACCUCAUGCAUUUCCCAUAUGCGUACGCCAAGACGGGAGGCUAUGGCACACAGCGUACGCCAGACGGGAAGGAUGGUCAACCCCCACCCAUCGCUUUCACGCAUGAGCUUAUCAUUGCGCAGCCCGUCAUCGACGUAGAGCUCUCCAAGGCCUUUGAUGUGACUUGGGCAGCCAUGGAGAAACUUGUGGACGCAGGGAAGACGAAGCUCAUCGGCGUCUCGAACUUCUCUACUCCGAAAUUGAAACGCCUCCUGAAAACGUGCAGGAUACACCCCGUUGUCAAUCAGGUGGAACUGAAUCCUUACUUUCCUCAAAAGGGGCUUGUGGAGUUCUGCCAAGUGCACGAGAUCCAUGUGACCGCUUAUGGUCCCUUGGGCUGCACGCCCGUGCCCUACCUCAUCGGGCGCACCGGGCCCGGCCCGUUGCACGAUGAGACGAUCAAAUCCAUCGCCGAAAAGUACGAGAAAACCCCCGCCCAGAUCAUUCUCUCGCAUAUGAUCCAUUUGGGAGUGUCAGUCAUUCCAAAGAGCAAUAGUCUACAGCGGAUAUCGGAGAACUUCGAUUGCCUGUUCGAACUGGAGCAGUCAGAUUACGAUCUGAUUGCCAACCUGAUGGGGCCGCGCGGAGAAAAGGGCGUGCGUAAUUUGGAGACGAAGGAGUAUCUUGGAUUCGAUAACUUCAACGAGGAAGUUGAGGAGCCAUGAGGUAAACAUUGAUAAGGUGCCUGACACAGAUCUCGGCUUAGCAACGCAAUAUGGUAAGGGGAUGGGAAGGACGGUGCGGAUAGGCCCCCCCAAAUGAGGUGGCCCAUGUGGACUUUGUCGCGCCAACCUGCAUUAUGAGCGGUGGAAGUUAUGAAACCAAUCCCACGGUAACGGAACUCU